ACCAAAAUUGGUGGACGAAAGUAAUUUUUGCUACAUUACAGAUAAGUCACAUAAUGGAAAAGUAAGUUAUAAUUAUAUUAUGUUAUUGAUAAAUAUAAAGUAUACAAUUUGUAUAAUAUGAAUACUCGUUUAAAAUACUACGUUUUUUUUUUUGUAAAUUAAAUAUAGAUAUACUGGAGAUGUGAACGAAAAGAUGAGUGUCCUGCACGGGCUCACACAAACAUAGGUUCUCGCGAGAUAAUUUUUGGUUAAAAAAAACCCACAGUCAUGCUCCAAAUGUAGCAAAAGUUAUUGCUCUGGAGGCUACAACGGAAAUGGUCAAAAAUGCAACUCUCGGAGUAAAUUCCGCUCAACAAAUUGUUGGUGAAGUUACACAAAAUUUAAAUGAUGCUGUAUUAGCUCAACUACCGAAAUUAAACACAUUAAAACGAAAGUUAAGGCGAGUAAAAGAACGUGCUACAUGGCAUCCACCUUGUCCAACCAGUAUAAGAGAUUUAAUAAUACCGGACCAGUAUAUGUGUCUAUCAGGUGGAUCACAAUUUCUACUUCAUGAUUCUGGUGUACAUGAUGACGAACGAUUUAUAAUUGUAGGAUCAAUGACUGGACUUCGUGCACUAUCUAUGUCAACGCGAUGGCAUGCAGAUGGUACUUUUAAAACAACACCACUUAUUUUUAAGCAAUUGUACAGCAUACAUGCAGAAAUAGGAAACAAUUCUCUAGUGGCGGGUGCGUUUAUAUUAAGGACACGUAUGACCGAAGAAGACAAUAUAUUCAACAGAUGUUGACUUUGCAGUUAAUGCAAAAAUGUUGGCAUCAUUGGCUUUUGUACCGUUACACGAUGUAGUAAAAGCAUUUGAAGAACUUGUUGACUAUUUACCGGAAUCUAUGUUGCCAGUAGUAGAUUAUUUUGAAGAUAAUUGUAUCCGUAUAUUUUAAAUACAUACACGUAAUGUAUAAUAUUUUACUAAUUUUUGAAAAUUUUAAUUUUAAAGGGAGGCCUAUGAGACGGACAAGACGAACGCCAAAAUUUCAACCAAAAUUGUGGAAUCUCUACGAAGCUGCCAUACAUGGACUAGCUCGUACCAAUAAUGGUUUGGAAGGAUGGCAUAAUGGCUUUCAAAAGCAAGUUGGUGGUCAUCAUGUAUCAAUUUGGAAGAUGUUUGAAGGCCUACAAAGGGAGGUCGGGCUAGCUAAAUUAAAAGUGGUACAAAUUGAGGCUGGCAAAGAAGAAAAACAGAAAUUAAAAUGGAAAAGAACCACAGAAAAUAUAA